UUUUUUUUUUUUUUAACAAACAUGAAACUUUUUAGUUUAACGACAAUAGUGGCUACAUUUAUUACUAUAGAAGCUGCUUUUACAAGGAUUCCUAUCAAAAAAGCAGAUGAAACUCCUUUUGAAAAAAUGCAGCGUUAUGCUCAUACAAGUGAAUACUUGAGUCAAAAGUAUUUUGGUAGUCGAUUGCCUCAAACUAACAUGAUGGAUGCUUACAAGAUGCAUUGUCAAGGUAAUGUUAAUCAUGGUGUUCCAUUGUCAAACUAUAUGAAUGCUCAGUACUAUGGUACCAUUGAAAUUGGCACACCACCUCAACCAUUUACAGUGGUAUUUGAUACAGGAUCAUCCAAUCUCUGGGUGCCUUCCAAACAUUGUACUUCUAUUGCUUGUUUCUUACAUAAACGAUACGAUUCUAGCAGUUCGAACAGCUUUGUGGAAAAUGGGACAGAAUUCUCUAUUCAAUAUGGGUCAGGCUCUCUUGAAGGGUUUAUCAGUCAAGAUACGGUCCGUGUGGGUGGUAUUGCUUUACCUCAUCAAGGAUUUGCAGAAUCGACCAAGGAACCAGGUUUCACGUUUGCUAUGGCACGAUUUGAUGGUAUUUUGGGAUUGGGGUAUGAUACCAUUGCUGUACAACAUGUCGUACCUCCGUUUUUCAACAUGGUGCAUCGUGAUUUGUUGGAUAGUCCUGUCUUCUCCUUUUGGCUCAACAACAAUGGCGGUGAAGACGAUGGUGGUGAAUUGGUGUUUGGUGGUAUGGAUCCUGCUCAUUAUCAAGGCGACAUCACUUGGGUACCUGUCACCCGUCGAGGCUACUGGGAAAUUGAAUUGCAAAACAUAAAGUUCAAUGGUGAUUACGUUGAUCUCGAUCCUAUUGGUGCUGCUAUCGAUACUGGCUCUUCUCUUUUGAUUGCGCCUAAUACCCUAGCCGAGUUGAUCAACAGCGAACUUGGGGCCGAGAAGAAUUGGGCUGGUCAAUAUACGAUUGAUUGUGAUAAAAUCCCUGAUUUGCCGGAAUUCUGCUUUGUGUUUGGUGGAAAGGACUUUUGUUUGGAUGGUACUGAUUAUAUCUUACAAGUUCAAAAUCAAUGUAUCUCUGGUUUCAUGGGAAUGGAUAUCCCUAGCCCUGCUGGUCCUCUUUGGAUUGUGGGUGAUGUCUUCCUUCGAAAAUACUACAGUGUUUAUGAUCUUGGAACGAAUCAAGUUGGUUUUGCAAAGGCAACUUAGUCUUUAUUUGUCUAUAUUUUUGUUAGUUUAGCUUACUUUAGUGUGUCAUAUCUCUGUUUUAUAUCUUUUUUUUUUUUUUGUCAAUAAAGCUGGUUUUGUAUUACCUUUCUUUUGGAUGCUGCGGUCAAGAUAAAGG